GCACCUGCCGGAAGUUUAACAACCGGAAAUUCCUUUUUCACCAUAUUCGAACCAGUACACAAAACCUAAAAUGCCAACAGAAGCAGUAGAGAAACCUGUCGAAGAGACAAAGGUUGAAGAUGGAUCUGGAUCAGGGAGCGAAUCUGAAAGUGAUGACUCCACUGGAAUACCAGAUCUGGAAGAAGGAGAUGUCUCUGCUCAGACAAGUCAGGUAGCACAGGCUGCAGGUAUUCAAGAAGAGCUUGUCAGUAGAGCUAAACAGAGUAGAAGUGAAAAGAAAGCAAGAAAGGCAAUGUCAAAACUGGGUUUAAAACAGGUAACCGGAGUAACACGAGUUACAAUCAGGAAGUCCAAAAAUAUUUUAUUUGUAAUUAACAGGCCAGAUGUAUAUAAAUGUCCAGCAUCUGACACCUAUAUUGUAUUUGGUGAAGCAAAGAUUGAAGAUUUGAGUCAGCAAGCACAGAUGGCAGCAGCUGAAAAGUUCAAGACACCAACCAACCCUGCUGGUCUUGGAGAAGAUAUCGCCAACCCUGUUCAACAACCCAUCCAAGAAGAAUCAGAGGAAGAGGGCGAGGUGGAUGAAUCUGGAGUAGAAGCUAAAGACAUUGAACUUGUGAUGUCCCAAGCCAAUGUAUCUCGAACAAAAGCUGUGAAGGCACUUAAAAAUAAUAAUAAUGAUAUUGUGAAUGCAAUUAUGGAGCUGACGAUGUGAUGACUUUCUAUACCUGUGUUUCUUUGUGUUGCCAUGUUUUGUCAUAAUAUUUAUGUAAAAUGAUUCUUUAAAAAAAGUAUCAAAAAUCAGAA